AUGACAUCACGAACAUUGAGGAGACGACUCCACCAUGGGGAUGUUGACGGAAAAAAGCAUGAGCAUUUGGAGGCCGCAGGGAUGGAUGCUUUGAACGAACCUUUGCUUGGAAAUAAUGGUUAUGAUGAUGCACGCUCGGAGGAAACUAGAUCUAGAUAUGCACUAUAUGGGAUUCCGACAGUGGUAUUUGAUUAG